AUGGCAGUGGAAUUUGGGGACCAUGCCAGUGGCUUCCGACACAACGAGGUGAUCCGAUUCAUUAAUAAUGAAGUCCUCAUGAACGGAGGUGGCCCAGAGUUCUACAUGGCCUUUCGCUCUCGUCCCUGGAACGAGGUGGAGGACCGGCUUCGCACUGUUGUGAUGGACCCGCAGGUGCCUCGUGCCCUCAAGAGGGCGUGCACCUGGAGCGCCCUGGCCCUGGGCGUGCGAGUGGUGGCGAGGCAGCGGGAGCAGCAGGGGCGUCGGGUCCGUCGGCUGCAGGAUCAGGUGGAGGAGCGCGAGGCGGCUUGCUGGGCUUUGGCUUCCGAGUUGCAGCGGUUGCGUGAGGAGCGCGACGAUGCUGCCACUCAGCUGCGCUUCACUCAGGCUGCUUUGCUGCAGGCGAUGGAUGAGCGUGAAGUGCUACGAGGGAGGCUACUUCAGGCUGAGAGGUCAGCAUUGGCCGAUCCGUUGCCCUCGAAGGUUGUACCUAUUAUGGGGGCCGAACGGCAUGGUGCUGUGGCAUGGUCCCUGGAAAGAGAGGAGCAAGCAGAGGUGGUGGCAGCUGGGGCACAGGGCAUGUCACAUUUGGAGGCCCAAAUGCCAGCCCCAGCACCUUUGCUUUACGUGCAAGGACACCCGUGUUCUUGCACCCAGGCAAUGCAGCCUCAUCUGCAAAUGCCUGUGCCACAUCAGGUGCCAUUGCCAGUGGGAUUCCCGUACUCAACACCUCUACAAUCCCCUGUAGUAAUGCAAUCAGAAUCAGCAGGAGCAACAGCAACAGCAGUGGCAGCAGUUGCACCUCAGGUGCCUCCUGCAGCAACCUAUCCACCUGGCUUGUGGGCUCCAGUGGGGUAUCAGGAGGGAAUGCCUCCUCCAUGUGUCCAGAGUUGUGGAUGUGUCCAGAGUAGCCUGAGUUUCCAGGGCCAGGAUGAAUAUCCUGAGAACCUCCCAUGCAGAGGCAACCUGGGAGACCUAACAAGCCCCAAGCAAAAAGAAUGUCCUGAGUGUCCCCAGGGAGUGACUUGCCUGGGGGAAAGCAUUAGCCAUAGCCAGAAGGAGGGUCCAGAGAAGCCCCAGGGGAAAUACUCCCUGGGGGAGAGCAUUAGCUAUACUCAGAAAGAGGAUCAGGAGAGGCCCCAGGGGACAGACGCCUUGGAGGAGAGCAGCAGCCACAUUGAGAAAGAAGAUAAAAUGGUGCCCCAGGGGAUUGCUCUCCUGGUGGCUAACAGGAGCUAUAGGCAGCAGAGAGGUCCAGAUAGACCCCAGGCAAACCCCCUGGGGAGCAGUAAGAGUCAGGGUAUGAAAAAAAGCCCAAAGAAACAGCAGUCUCAGGGUCAGAAGGCCAAGCAACCACAAGGGAAAAAAGCAUUGGAAUCCCAGCAGCCAGAGAAGUCUGCCUCAUGCUCCAAUCAAGUGAAUUGGAUCUGCUCAUGGUGUAAAGCUGUGAAUCUUCCAUGGCGCCUAGCCUGCUAUAAAUGCAAGAGAGCCUACAUGCCAAUUGAGAGUGGAAGUGUUGACCCAGGAAAAACUUACUGA